AUGGAGUCGAAUGAGCUGAAUUACGGCAUCGCGGAGAAGGAGGUACUAGCUCUUCUGAGGAUCCUGGAUCUCAAUUACAAUACGUUGGUCGGACGUCCGAUCCGCGUGUUAACCCGGCACUCAACAUUGGCGUGGCUCUUCAGAUCCACGGCCUUACAAGGACGGUUAAGACAGUGGGCGGCUCUGUUGUCGCCUUGGACACUUGAGAUCACCAAGUGUGUCAAAGGAGAGGACGAGAUCUUGGGAGCACUGGCAGCCAGUAUCACUCCUAGAUCAGAGGUGGAUAAGGCGUUGAUCUCAAUCGCGCCCAAAAAGGAGCCAAGACGCAAGAUCCAAGCUCCGAUCCCCACUAUCGGACGAGAUGAGGAACUAUAUGUUGUCAGUUUCGAUGGAUCAGCCCGUGUCAAAAGAGGUGGAGGCGCCUACAGCGCGAUCUUGUGGAGGCUGCCCGACUGGAGGGUGGUGAAAGCUAGAUCAGGGUAUGCCGAAAGCUUGACGGUGAAUGAGGCAGAGUACCAUGGGUUGUUACUAUGUCUGGAUCUGUUGGAGGAUUUGGAUCCACAGCGUCUGGUGAUCUGCGGAGACUCAAACUUG